AUGGUUUCCACAACGCAUUUCCAAGUCACUGUCUUUCUUCUUUCAACUUUAUACAUUAGCAGCACCUCAGAUACACAGGCCGAUUUUGAUAAGUGGGUAUCUUGGAACGUAAAAAAUUUUAAGAAAAAAACCAUUUUGGAAACCAAAUGGAAUGUCACUGCACCUGGUCAUGAUUUGAAGCUGAGGCAGGCUGAGAGUAACAAAGUUAGAAUAACAGUUAGCCAAGACGGUGCUGGUGACUUCAAGACCAUUACAGAAGCUCUUAAUAGCAUUCCACCUCGUAACCCUAGGAGAGUCAUAAUGUCCAUCGCGUCUGGUAUAUAUAGGGAGAAGGUCAUGAUCCCCAGAACAUUGCCUUUUAUUACAUUGUUAGGGGACGCCAGGGAUCCACCAACCAUUACUGGAAAUGAUACAGCGUCUGUCACCGGAAGUGAUGGGACUCCGUUAGGGACGUUCCAUAGUGCAACUGUGGCGGUGGAUGCAAGCUAUUUUAUGGCCAUCAACAUAAAAUUUGAGAACACUGCUCCGCAUGUGAUUGGAUCGAAGGGGGAACAAGGCGUAGCGCUUCGCGUCUCUGGAACCAAAGCUGCUUUUUACAAUUGCACUUUCUAUGGGGCCCAAGACACUCUCUACGAUCACAAAGGCUUUCAUUACUUCAACAACUGUUCUAUUCAAGGCUCUGUUGAUUUCAUCUUCGGUUCCGGAAGAUCCCUUUACGAGAAUUGCUACCUAAAUUCGACAACCAAGAAGGUGGCUUCCAUCACUGCUCAAAAGCGAACAAAUUCGUCAUUGGAGAGUGGAUUCUCGUUCAAAAACUGCACAGUAACAGGUAGUGGGCAGGUUUAUCUUGGAAGAGCAUGGGGAGAUUAUUCCAGAGUUGUUUUUUCUUACACUUACAUGGACAAGAUAGUUCUCCCCAAAGGAUGGAGUGAUUGGGGCGACCAAAAGCGUGACUUGAGAGUAUUUUAUGGAGAAUAUAAGUGCACUGGGCCAGGAGCUAACUUCACUGGAAGAGUUCCAUGGGCACGAGUGCUUUCGGACGAAGAGGCCAAACCUUUUAUUGGGUUUCAAUUCAUUGAAGGGGACACUUGGCUCGUUAGCCCCUAA